AUGAGCUCUGUUGCAAGCUGGAUUAGUCACUUGUGGCUCGUGAUCUGUUUUGCACUCUACUUUCUUACUUCUGUGCUGUCUGUCACCGGCGAUGGCACAUUUCGUGCAGAGGUUAUCGAAGAAAGCCCUGUUGGAACUAUAAUUCACGGUGUGGCAGAAUUUUUGACUGAAUUGAAAGCAGGUGCGGAUGUACAGUAUCAGUUACUCGGUGACGAUGGUGUUUCUCGUUUGGUCAGCUUGAAUCCAACCACCGGUCAGCUUCGUGUUCGAGCUCGUAUCGAUCGGGAGGCUCUGUGUCCAAACGCAAACACGAACACGAAUCACAACAACCUGGUCUCCGGCCCUGGAAAUCCGGACUUAUUCCCCACGUCAGCUUUGCUCAGUCCGAAGCUCGAAUCUACCCAGAGUGUGGCAGAUUGCGUCCAGACGUUGAAUAUCUUACUUGUUUCCCGAGGGAAAGAGGCUACCGGACCAAGUGUUGGUGGUGGACACGGCAAUACAAUAGAUGGAAUACCGCGCACUUCGCGGAUUCUCAUUCGACUCGUAAUUCGCGAUAUCAACGAUAACGCACCUAUGUGGACUCAAGGGUCCCAGCUAGAAAUUGGGUUCGUGGAAACACCCAAUGCUGGUUUUGCGUGGAACCCCUUAGGUUCAGGUCCAGUCUCCUCGUCAGGGACUGGUUCAAAUGUACUGGAUGACUCAGCGGCAAAAAAUACACGAACCAUUGAUAGAGCUGUGGAUCCGGAUCUAGGUUUAAAUAGUAGUAUAGUCUACCGUUUGUUGGGCCCGGGGGCAGAAUACUUCCGCCUCGAGGACGGAUCACAACCAAACAUGGAUGAAAUGGAUUUAUCAAACAAAAUGGCUGGUUAUUUGCCCCACCCUUCUCCAGUCAUCGUUCGCUCCAGUCCUCUGCAGAUACGACCGAUUGUGCCGUUGGAUCGAGAGACUGAGGAUUUUGCCGGUCGUGGUGGCCUCUUCAAUCUAACACUCUUGGCUACUGACAUGGGUCUACCUCCCAAGACUGGCAGUGUGAAUCUGCUGAUCCACGUCAUUGAUGUCAAUGAUCAUGCCCCGGCAUUUCACAAUGAUCUCUAUCACAAUCCCAAUAUGGGUGGCGGUAGUGGUGGUGGUGGUCUGGGCCGUUUGAAUCGAGCCGACAUCGGACUGGUAGUCUAUCGCCCCACAUCUGGGACUAUUCGUGAAACUGUCCCGGUGGGUAGCUUGAUUAUUCAACUGAAUGCGACCGACAAAGAUGUAGGUCCACAUGCAAAACUUGUCUUUGAUUUUUGCCCAUGUGAUCGGUCCACUGCGAUGGAGUAUUUCCGGGUGGAUCGGGAUUCCGGGCGAAUCAGUGUGAUCAAGCCGCUGGACUAUGAUCAAGGACCUAGACAGUUUCAAUUUAAAGUAAGUCCUCAUUUUGAUCUGGGUGAGGUAUAA